UGUAUAAUCUGUUCUUACGACAGUCCAAAAAGUUUUGUUUAACAAAUUGUGUCCAAACAUUCUAGAAGUCCAAAAAUUUAAAUCUUUAAAAUCUAGAUAAAAAGAUACAAAUAUACUCUAAUUUGGAAAAAAUUGGUUUCCGACGUUUCGACUUAUCGUGACAAAAGGGCUUUUGUUUAUACGUAUAAGAUUUUAUCUCCAUCCACAAAAAAUCCCUGGUUUUCGUAAUUCAUCAUUAUCAACUAUUGGUCGUAAACAUGGCCCACUCAAAAUUAUACGGCGGAUCAGUGGAUAAGGUUUUUACCAGUUAGUUAAACGAGAGGAGCACUCGUUCGUUUGGAAUGUGGACGCCGCUGGUUUGAGAAACAGGCCGGAUUGCCAAACUUUUUCGUAUACGGCUGAUCAUGCUUUCGACACCGAGUGGGAAUUUUCUUUCAUCCCCGGUGAAAAUGUAGUAGAUCUUGAAUUGGGGGUUAAACUCCUAAAGUAUUGUCGACGCGACCCACUGUUCGCGAAAGUAUAUAUUUCGGUUGUUGAGAGAGAAGAAGGGAUGUGGGAAUCUGCUAUGGAAACAGGCCCAUUCGCCGAAUCUGAAUUGGGGGAAUAUUCAGAAUGUCGAUUUUCACUGAUCACCCCAAUUCGUCCGCAGCCCCAGCAAGCUUUUGGCCAUAUACUUGGAAAGUCGUCCCAAGAGGUGUUCACCUUCCGCAUCACUUUCACACUGGGCGAUUCCAUGAAAAAGUACUCCGACCUUCCCAAACAUACGAUGCUCGCGUUACUGGAAAAUCGCGAUGACAAUGCCGAUGUCACCAUUACGACGAGCGAUGGGCAAGUGAUUACGGCGCACCGAAACAUCUUAUCGGCUCACAGUGAAGUGUUCAAAGCCAUGUUCGCCACGGAAAUGGAGGAAAAGAAUCAAGGCGUUGUCAAGUUAAAGGAAUUUAGCGGAGAGGGAUUCAAGAUUGUCCUGAAGUUUCUCUACACCGGCCAAUUGGACGAAUCGUGGGGAGAGCAUUGCGGCGCCGUGCUCGGGGCAGCGGAUAAGUUCCUAAUCGCCCCUCUACACGACUUGUGUGAUCUUGUCCUACCAACGCUAGUAACAGAGGAAAAUUACGCCGAACUGCAUAAAGUCGCCGAAUUGCAUCGUUUGCAUCGGGCGGCGGAAAAGAUUAAAGCAUUUAAUAAAAGCGAGCCAGACAAAAUGCUCAAAAAAUGAUUUGGACCACCAUGUCCAAAGAAACCAAGCGAAGAAAAUGCUUCGAACUCUAAAUAAGAUAUUAUCGAUUCUCAAAAAUAAAACUAAAAGUUUGAAUAUUAAGUCCUCAUACCGUAUAUUUGCAAUAUAACUAUGAGAGGAUGAUGUCAAAUUACUGUAGUGAUUCUAUUUAAAAUUUUUUAUUUUCUCGUAUGGUUUUUGCAAAUACGCGGUCCUUUGCGAGUCUCGUAAAACGGUUGCCUCGAUUGUGAGAUGUUCAGAAAUUUUUAUACACGACAAUCUGCCUGAAUAAACAUCUUAUUUAAUAUUAUUUAUAAGUUAUCGAGGUGUCAAAUUCUAAACUACUUUUUUAGAAUUCUUGAAACUUUUAAAAUAAAUGUCUGUUUAAGUGUGCUUGUGAAUAUUCAAAAAUCAAGUUAAAUAUACAUAGGUUGGG